AUGGCGGACGGGAAGGGAGACGCCGCUGCCUCUGGAGCCCCGGCCGGGGCCGGGUCGGGAGCCGGGGCCCUUAGCUGCCGCCCGGCAUCGCCCGCGUUGGGGCCCCCGGGCCUCUGGUCGCGUCUGUGGCAGCUGGAGACGGAACUUCGCGAGCAGGAAGUGUCGGAGGGCUCGUCGCGCGUCUACUGCCGGAGCUUCUGCCAGACUUUGCUUCAGUAUGCAGGCAACAGGAAUACAUCAGAACACAUGGCGUGCCUUCUGGAAGUAUAUCGACUCUCAAUCCAGAGCUUUGCCAGUGCUCGGCCAUAUUUAACUACUGAAUGUGAAGAUGUUCUCCUCGUUCUGGGCAGGCUAGUACUGAGUUGUUUUGAGCUCUUGCUGUCUGUGCCUGAAACUGAACUUCCAUGUGAAGUAUGGGUACCUUUUAAUCAGUCCAUACAGGAUUCACAUGAUGCUUUGUUGGAAUUUGGAAAUAACAACCUCCAAGUCUUGGUUGAUAUUACCAAAGAAGGUGUGUGGAAAAAUCCAGUCCUUCUUAAAAUCCUGUCUCAGCAACCAGUAGAGGCAGAGGAAGCCAAUAGAUUUAUUGCACGAGAAGGACCUUCCUUUCUGCAGAUGCGAAUAAAACACUUAUUGAAGUCAAAUUGUAUCACCCAAGCUACUUCUUUGUCAAAACUUUGUGCGGAGUCUAAAGAAAUUCCCAAUGUGUCAUCUUUUCGCCAAGCUUAUAUCACAUGUUUAUGCUCCAUGUUACCUAGUGAAGACGCCAUUAAGGAGAUUGCAAAAUUGGACUGCAAGGAAGUGCUAGACAUCAUAUGUAAUCUGGAAUCUGAGGGUCAGGAUCACACAGCCUUUAUUCUCUGUACGACUUACCUAACCCAGCAGCUGCAAACUGCAAGUGUGUGUUACUCUUGGGAGUUGACUCUUUUUUGGAGUAAGUUGCAAAGAAGAAUUGAUCCUUCUUUAGAUAUCUUUUUGGAGCGAUGUCGACAGUUUGGUGUUAUUGCUAAAACACAGCAACAUCUCUUCUGCUUGAUUAGAGUCGUACAAACAGAAGCAGAAGAUGCUGGUGUAGCAGUGUCCAUUUUAUUAUGUGUGAGAGCCCUUCAGAUUCGAUCAAGUGAAGAUGAUGAAAUGAAAACAUCAGUGUGUAAAACAAUUGGUUGUCUCUUACCAGAAGACCUUGAAGUUAGAAGAGCCUGUCAGCUUACUGAAUUCUUAUUGGAGCCCAGCUGGGCUGGAUUUAAUAUGUUAGAAGAACUAUACCUGCAACCAGAUCAAAAGUUCGAUGAGGAAAAUGCUCCAGUUCCCAACUCUCUCCGAUGUGAGCUUUUGUUAGCUUUAAAAGCCCAUUGGCCUUUUGAUCCUGAAUUUUGGGAUUGGAAAACUUUAAAACGACAUUGUCACCAACUCCUAGGUCAAGAAGCUUCUGAUUCUGAUGAUGACCUCAGUGGCUAUGAGAUAUCAAUUAAUGAGACAGAUGUUUUGGAGUCAUUUCUCAGUGACUAUGAAGAGAAUAAAGAUGAUAAACAUUCCAAAAGAAGAGAUUCGGCAGAUCAGCAGAAGGAGAAAAGAGACAAAAAGCCAAUUGGUUCUUCUGAAAGGUACCAGCGAUGGCUUCAAUAUAAGUUCUUCUGUGUGCUCUGCAAGAGGGAAUGUAUAGAAGCUAGGAUACUCCAUCAUUCUAAGAUGCAUAUGGAAGAUGGAAUUUAUACUUGCCCUGUCUGUAUAAAGAAAUUCAAGAAAAAAGAAUUUUUUGUACCUCAUGUAAUGGAACAUGUGAAAAUGCCACCAAGCAGAAGAGACAGACCCAGAAAGAAAUUAUUGAUGAAAAGAGAACGCUCUCAGAAGGGUAAUGGCCCAAGUCCUUCUGCAACAUCAGAUCAAAAUCUGCCAUCCAACGAACAGGGAGAUUCUCAUGAGUAUGUUACAUUCAGCAAACUAGAGGAUUGCCACCUGCAAGAUAGAGAUUUAUACCCUUGCCCUGGGACAGACUGCUCCCGAGUAUUUAAGCAAUUUAAGUACCUAAGUGUGCACCUCAAAGCCGAACACCAAAACAAUGAUGAAAAUGCAAAGCAUUACUUGGACAUGAAGAACCGGAGAGAAAAAUGUUCUUAUUGUCGGCGACAUUUCAUGACAGCCUUUCAUCUGCGGGAGCAUGAACGAGUUCACUGUGGGCCUCAGCCUUACAUGUGUGUCUCUAUAGACUGCUAUGCGACAUUUGGGUCAGUGAACGAGCUACUUAAUCACAAACAAAAACAUGAGGAUCUUCGAUACAAAUGUGAAUUAAAUGGCUGCAGUAUUGUUUUCAGUGACCUGGGACAACUUUAUCACCAUGAAGCACAGCACUUCCGGGAUGCGUCAUACACAUGCAACUUUCUUGGUUGCAAAAAAUUCUAUUAUUCUAAAACUGAGUUUCAGAAUCACCUUUCCAUGCAUAAUGGUGACAUUUCAAAUGGAGAUGUUAAGACAACAGUAAAGCUUGAACCUGCAGCAAAUGAAAAGAACAGCUGUCAAGAUCAGCAUCAUCUACUUGACCCAACUGAGAAAUCACAUUUACCUGAGGAUCUGCUUUUCUCAGUGGAGUCGACUAGUUCUCAGUUAGCUCCAGAUGUUGAGGAAAUGGGCUCUGAUAACCUAAAAGACAACAGUGACAGCAGCUCGAGCGAUCAGUUAAGUCGCAGCUCAUCUGCCUCAGUGAAUGAAGAAAUGAUUGAUACGCUGGACUCGCCUGAGACCGUGCCUGAUGUUUUCAUGUCCUCUCAUGGUAAAGGUUUGGUCCCUUCCAGUUUAAAAGAGAAAUGUUCCAAUGUGGCAGUUUGUUUUGAUGGGAAAAAGUUUACCUGUGGUUUUGAAGGCUGUGGUUCUACAUACAAAAAUGCUAGAGGUAUGCAGAGGCAUCUCCGAAAGAUUCAUCCAUACCAUUUCAAGCAUAAAAAGACAUUAGGAAUAAAGGAUAAAGAGAUCUUUCAGUUUUUGGACAGUGAACACAGUCAAACAAAUGAGAACUUCAGUGCUGCGCCUAAGCCAGGUUCAGACACAAACAGUGACUCCCCAGAUGAAGGUCUGGAUCACAAUAUUCACACAAAAUGUAGAAGUAAUCUUCAGAGUUGCCACCAUCCUCCAGAAGCCACCAUUUGCGCUUCCAGAGUGCCGUGUACUGAGGAUGCCAUGUUGGAGCUUCUGUUACGCCUGAAACACUUAAGCUUGAAAAACUCAAUAACAUCUUUCUCAGGGUCACUGCCAGUGUAUCCAUCCAAUGGUGCUAAGUCCCUUCAGUCAGUUUCAUCAAGCCCUAUCUCAGACCUUCACUUUCAGAAUCAAGAAGAAAAUUUGUCAAGUCAAUAUCUUGCACAGUUGGCAGCCAAGCCAUUUUUCUGUGAACUUCAAGGCUGCAAGUAUGAGUUUGUGACCAGAGAGGCUUUGUUGAUGCAUUAUGUCAAAAAACAUAAUUAUUCCAGAGACAAGGUUCUACAGUUAUCCAUGUUUCAGCAUCGAUACUCACCUUUCCAGUGUCAUAUUUGCCAAAGGUCAUUUACCAGAAAAACCCACCUUAGAAUUCAUUAUAAAAAUAAGCAUCAGAUUAGCAAUGAAAAAGUCACUCAUAAAUUAUUUGAUAAUGGAAAAUGUGAUCAUGCCAGCCCAUGCACAGGGGAUCAUUUGAAAGGUAAUGUCAUGGGUAGUUGCUCUGCUUCUACUUUCUGUGGCAGCACAGAGCUUGGAGAUGAUCAGUCUAAUAAUUCUGAGAAGCAAAUCCGACAUCCUAAAAAAGAAGAGUGUAGUUCAGAAACUGAUUUGGAAUCUUCUUGUGAAGAAAUUGACAGUAAUGUGACAGGAAAAUCAUCCAGCAUUUCAUCACCAAUAGAUAGCCACAGGGAAGAACUAGAAGCAAGAGAGGGAAGAGGGAGUAGAAGGACUGUUGCCAAAGGAAAUCUGUGCUAUAUUUUGAACAAGUACCACAAACCAUUCCACUGUAUUCAUAAAAGUUGCAAUUCUUCAUUCACAAAUCUAAAGGGCUUGAUUCGCCACUAUCGAACAGUGCAUCAGUAUAACAGAGAGCAGUUGUGUUUAGAAAAAGACAAAGCACGAACAAAAAGGGAACUGGUCAAAUGUAAAAAGAUAUUUGCUUGCAAAUAUAAAGAGUGUAAUAAGCGCUUCCUAUGCUCCAAAGCACUGGCUAAACACUGUAGUGAUUCCCAUAACUUAGACCCUGUUGAAGAUCAGAAAGCCCUUUCUGAGACUGACUCUGCUGCCAGGUUUCCCUGUAGCCAACCACAGUGCCCGGCUGUCUUCUACACUCUUAACAAGUUGAAGCAGCAUUUGAUGGAACAGCAUGGUAUUGAAGGAGAGAUGAACUCAGACUUUGAAAUUCAUUGUGACCUUAAUGGCUGUGAUCGAAUCUUCACUCAUCGAAGUAACUACUCUCAACACGUGUAUUACCGACACAAGGACUAUUAUGAUGAUCUCUUUGGAAAUCCAAAAGUGGAAAAUGAGAGUGUACUGAGAAGUGAAGGUGAGAAAGGUUUUGGAACCAGCCGGGCUCACAGUGAAGCAAGUCAGAAUAAUAAGAAGUCAUUGAAUGCUAAAACUAGAAAAUGUGGCAGCCUCAUUAAAGAGAAAAAGCUUCCAAUCAUUUUUAAAACAAAAGAGGAAGCCCUAAAUAUGUGUGCAGAGCAAUCUGAACACACUCAAUAUCCCUGCAUGAUUCAAGGCUGUGCAUCUGUUGUCAAAUUGGAAAGUAGUAUAUUAAGACAUUACAAACGUACCCACCAAAUGAGCAGUGCUUAUUUAGAGCAGCAGAUGGAAAUCCUAGUAGUUUGCGUUAAGUAUGGUACCAAAAUUAAAGAAGAGCCAGCCUCUGAGAUAGAGCCUUGUAUAAAGAAGGAAGAAACCGGAAACUGUGAACCAGGAAGCACAGUGCAUACCCACCCCCCAGGUGAAAAUGAAGCAUCUCUCCAGAAAAGCAACAGUUCCCCUCAUCCAGAAAAUAAAGGAAAUGGGAGUCAGGAAGGGUGUGUAGAAAGUAAUUCGGUAUUUAAUACAGAUACCUUCCUGUAUAGAGAAACUUCAAAAUGUAACCAUAGUUCAGAAACCACUAGCUUGGAAGAGUGUCGUGUCACUGAGCCCCCUCCCUGUAAAACUGAAAAGUCUGCACCUAAGAACAGUGAUGGAACUGAGAGCAGGCCCUAUUUAACAAAUUUCCAGUUGCCUUUACCAAGAAAAAGGGUGCCAGAAGCUGGACACCAUAGCUCUAGACUGGAAAGCAAUGUGGUAAAAACUCCAAUUCAUGUCCCAAAAGAUACAUUUCGGAAACAUUCGCAGGCCAGAUCAUUUGAUUUGAAGACUUAUAAACCCAUGGGGUUUGAAUCUUCAUUUUUAAAAUUCAUUCAGGAAAGUAAAGAAAAAGAGGAUGAUUUUGAUGAUUGGGAGCCAGCGGAGCACUUAACAGUAAAUGAUGUCCCACAGCCCAAUGAUGACUUAGCAGGGAAUGUGACUGUGGAUAGCUUAGUGAAUGAAAGCAACCCUAAAGUUGAUAUACCUCUUCCUUCCAGUGAUUCUGCAAUUCAUGACAACCUGACCACAAUCCAGCCUAUCAUUGUAGCAGAGUCAUCAACUGUCCCUUCCCUCGAAAAUCUGAGGGUCAUAUUAGAUAAGGCAUUAACAGACUGUGGAGAACUUGCCUUAAAACAGCUUCAUUAUCUGCGGCCGGUGGUCGUCCUGGAAAGAUCAAAAUUUUCCACAUCUCUUUUAGACUUGUUUCCAACAAAAAAAACAGAUGAGCUUUGUGUAGUAGGGAGUUCCUAAGUAGCAAUUUUGUUUUAGAGAACAGACUGGCUCCAGUACUGCAGCAUAGGGACAAUUGCCAACGCGAACAAAGGCUGAGCAGCAGCCACACCAUUGUUUAGGGUAGGGUAGGCUGUGCAUUUUCAUGAAUGUAUAAUAUCUUUGUCAACAGUAUUGGCAGCGUUCAUUAGCUCCCCAGUUGGUUUGUUUAUUGGUUGGUUUUUUUUGUUUUGUUUUGUUUUAUUAAGAAAAUGGAACUGUGCUCUGUUUGGUGCUAAUUAAUACAUCAAAUAUACUGGGGCUUCCUUUUUCAAAUUAAGUGUGCAUGAUUGUAUAUGGAACAGAUUCUGAGGCCCCAGGGUGGGAGGGCUGGGGGGAGGGAGGCAGGCAGAGUUCUUACUUGACUUGAAUGUGCACCUGAGGGUGCUUUGUGUAAUAUAUUGUACACUACAGCAUCUUAUAUUUUUUGAGUUGAGUUUCAAUAAAUUACAAUUUUUCA